CUCUUCCUCUCUAGGGUCUAGCUAGCUAGCUUAGCUACCACCAUCAUGAGUGCAAUGCCACAAGAAGCCAUUGCUCCCCAUCCCUCCUAACCUUCCUGCUUGAACACUCUUCACAAGCAGUGAGUGCCAAUGCUGGGCUCAUCUGGUGGCCAUGGCCAUCCAAGAAGCUUGCCACAAGAGUUUCAUGGCAGAUGUGAUGAGCAGCAAGGAGGAGGGCAGCAAGAUGGGUUCUUGGUGAGGGAGGCAAGGGCGGCAUCACCAUCUUCCUCCUUUCUUGGAUCCACCAGCUCUUCUUCCGGAGGAGGAGGCCAGAUGCUGAGCUUCUCCCCCAAUGAAACAGCAGGGUUGGGUUUGAGCUCAGGAGGAGGCAUGCAGGGGGUUUUGGCAAGGGUCAGGGGGCCAUUCACCCCAACACAGUGGAUGGAGCUGGAGCACCAGGCACUGAUCUACAAGCACAUUGCUGCAAAUGUUUCUGUCCCUUCAAGCUUGCUCCUCCCCAUCAGAAGAAGCCUCCAUCCAUGGGGAUGGGGAUCAUUCCCAGCUGGCUGUGCUGAUGUGGAACCCAGGAGAUGCCGGCGCACAGAUGGCAAGAAGUGGCGGUGCUCCAGGGACGCAGUUGGUGACCAGAAGUACUGCGAGCGACACAUCAACCGUGGCCGCCAUCGUUCAAGAAAGCAUGUGGAAGGCCGAAAGGCAACGCUCGCCAUGGCAGAACCAUCCAUGGCUAUUGCCGCUGGUGCAUCAACUCGCAGCCACACCGUGGCUCGGCAGAAGCAGGUGAAAAGCUCAGCUGCUAAUGUCACUGAUCCUUUCUCAAGACAAUCCAACAGGAAACAGAAUGCUGUCGACCAGUUGUCUCCGUUGGAUUCAUUUGAUUUCUCAUCCACACAAUCUUCCCCAAACUAUGAGAAUGUAGCAUUAUCACCACUGAAGUUGCACCAUGAUCAUGAUGAUGAAUCUUACAUUGGGCAUGUGGAAGGCAGUUUAUCAGAAAAGGGCAAUAUGAUGCACGAAAUUCAGUUAACAGUCUCUAAGGAAACACUCGACGAUGGACCUUUAGGUGAAGUUUUCAAAAGAAAGAAUUGCCAAUCAGAUUCUGCAAACAUCUUGACUGACAAAUGGACUGAAAGCCCCAACUUAUCUUUCUCACCUGGAAUCCAACAAAUGGCUACUAAGUUCAAUUCAGUGUCCACCAGCAACACAGUAAACAGUGGUGGCACCACACUGGAGAAUCACAUGACUGAUAAUGGCUAUCUUACUGCAAGAAUGAUGAAUCCUCUUAUUGUCCCAACACUCCUCUAAGUGUUGGAUUCACAAAUGGCUGAAAGCCUGAAACUAUGUUUAUGGCAUGAGCAAUCAGAUACAGCAUUCCGAGUUGAAAUCCUUUUUACUUUGUUAUGUGUUCAUGUCCCUCACCUUUAGCUUUUUGGUUGAGGUCGGUGUGUUGUAUUCGUUUCCUGUAUUUGUAAUAUGCUGAAGUUAAAUGCCCUGCUAAGAAUUUCUGUUGCAACCCAAGAUUCAGGAUUUGUGUGUCCAAUUCUGAAUAAUAAUGAAUCAUGAUCCCCAUAAGUGAAAGGGGGAUUUUAUAUUGUUAAAUUAUCAAAAUAUGGCCUUUUUUCUCUAGCAUUUUAAGACCAAAUUCUUGAUCUUUAAAGUUGAAACUACUCCCUUCAUGU